AUGUCCAUCCUGUCACUGAUCGGCUGGUAUACUCUUCCCAAGUAUGCAACAAACACAGUCCUUUAUGUCUAUUAUGGGAUCACUAUCCGAGCAGGAGACCCCAAGCCACAGCCGGGCUCCCCUCGUUAUGCCCGAGACCGCCGUCGCGUGUUCAUCGCUAUCGUGAUCGCAUAUCUACUCUACAAUCUUUAUGAGAGCUACCAGAAAAUCCAGAACGCAGGCAACUUUUACGAAGUUCUAGGAGUGUCGCCACUAUCAGACGAGAGGACAAUCAAGACCCGGUUCCGCCGUCUAGCCGCUCAGCACCACCCGGACAAGUUGGAGGCAGGCAGUUCCGGCGACAUCUUUAUGUACCUGAAGCUGGCGCAGGAUACGCUCACAAGCCCCGUAAAGCGAUAUGCCUACGAUAUGUGGGGACCCAGGAUCAAUGAAUGGGGCAAUAUUGACACGGCGCAUGGUUAUUUUGUCGCUGGAUUGAUGAAAACCAUCCCGACCUACGUGAUGUCAUUCUUGGGGCUUAUUCUUUUGAAUUACACUUGGUGGUCUGAUUGGGGCCGUUAUUGGCGCUUCUUUGCAUUUGCUGCGCUGUUCUCAUUGAAUCUGUCCUUGAUCAGCCAUCAAGGUCCGGUCUUUAUCACCUCCACAUUCUUUCUGCUUCCGUGGCAGAUAAUGACCAUGGCAGAGACCAUUUCUGUCAGCCUACAUAUAUUCAUAUCGCAGAUCGCCCCUCCUGAACCAAAGGACGCUGGAGCAGGCGAACGUCUACACCCCCAGACUAUCCAGCGUCUCGCACAGCUCCUACACCUCAGCCGAGCCACGGAUACCGAAGCAACGCGGCUUCUGCAACUAGGGUUCGCGCCGUUCCAGGGGGAUAAAGACAGUGUUGCAACCCUGCGGAAGGGCAUGAAGGAAGGCUUGGUCCUCAGCAGUGUACGAGGCAGUUCUGGGGUGCAGCAAGCCGUGAAGCAAGUAGCAGAACGUAAGAAUCAGGAAAAGAAAGACGGCUAA